AUGGCCACAUCUAUGGGUUGCUUAAGUUGUUGGUCUUUUUUUUGGGAUAUUAUACACGACGAUGAGCAUAUAUCAACUGUUCCAGAAACCGAAAGUUGUCAGAUAAACGAAACUAGAAUCUGUGCUUUUCCUAACGAUUUGCUCUUGCAGAUCUUGCAUCACGUCCCAACAAAAGAGGCAGUCGCCACUUCAAUCUUGUCUAAACGAUGGCGUUAUGUCUGGCCGAUGGUGCCUAGACUCGAAUUCAAAGAAGAUGACAGCGAGAGCGUGGGGUGGUUUAUUGAAAAGUCAUUGCAACUCCAUAAGGCACCGAAACUAGAUAGUUUGGUUGUGGAACUCGGUCCACAUUGUCCUGUUGACGUAGAUGUCGGAAAGUGGGUUGAGAACGUAGUUAAUAGAGGUGUGAAAGAGUUAGAUUUCAAUCUCCUCUGGACCGCAGAACCCACAGGAUUUCCUAAGUGCCUUUACACAUGCAACACGCUCGUUGAUUUAAGUCUAUCCAACAAGAUUCUAGUGAACGUUUCUUCCCCUGUUCGCCUACCAUCUCUCUUAACUCUGAGUCUUCGCUUUGUGGUGUACAAAGACGAAGAAUCUCUUGUUAGCCUUUUAUCAAGCUCCCCUGUUCUCAACUGCCUGAAGGUGGAUCGACAUAAGGAUGACAACUUGACAAAAUUUACCGUGAAAGUAUCUACCUUGAAACAGUUACAUUAUAAUACUACUCGGCGGAAGGAUGGGGUAGAGGAUGAGGAAGACGUGGUAGAGGAAAAUGAGGUAGAGGAUGAUGAUGAUGUAGAUGAGGUAGAGGAUGAUGAGGAAGGUGUGGUUGAGGAAGUUGACGUAGGUGAGGUAGAGGAGGAUGAUGAUGAUGAUCUCAAUAGAUCCUUGGUAAUAGAUUCCCCUGCAUUAGAAAUUUUACGCUUACGUAACGUUUUGGACUAUUGCUUGAUAGAGAAUAUUUCUUGCCUUCAUAUAGCAAAACUCGGCUAUGUUCAUAACCCCGAUCACAAGUUUCUGAGAUCUCUUUCUUCUGUCAUACAUAUGUACUUGUAUUUGACCAAGCCAAUGGUACCGAUUACAUAUCUCCGAUCCUCUUCUUUUCCUUGUUGCUUAGCCAACUAAUGUUAUAUUUUUUUUUAAUCACAGGUUGCGUGGUGUAACACCAUCAAGUUCUCUCGGCUCUUGGAGUUUUAUUUUGUUCCAAGCAAUUUGGUAGAUUGGUUGGAACCACUUAUGUAUUUGCUUCAAAAUUCUCCUAAACUACAAAUUCUUACGAUUGACACUGUAAGUAUACCAUCCUCCUCCCCUUAAACACAAGUGCAUCUAGUUUAUAGAUGAACUUAACAUUAUAGCAAAUGUAUUGAUAUCAGGAUUCUACGUGUCUCCCACCUUCAUGGAACCAGCCGAGUUCUUCUACUAUUCCCGAAUGCUUGUUGUCUCAUUUACAGAUCUUUAGGUGGGGAGGCUAUGGAGGAAGAGAAGAUGAGAAAUAACUAAUGACAUACAUUCUCGCUAACUCAAAGUGUUUAAAGAGAGUGGCGAUCUUUCUCUUAGCAACCUGCAAUCUUGAAGAGACACAAAUGGAGUUAGAAUCUAUGCCUAGGAACUCAACAUCAUCUCAACUUCUAACCUCCUCCCAUAAAAUGAAUAUGUUUAACUAG